UGUUGAUUGGCUACAAAAACGUCAUGACGUCUUUGCGAAUCAGCUGAAGUUUGUUUGCACAAUCCCACGAUCACCCCUUCCAUUUUAUUCCUCCCCACAAGAAAUGCACGUUUUACUUAAACUUUUAGGAUAGGACCACAGAAAAAGGGACGUUUGACCCUCCAGCACGAAGACAGACCCCGACGUUCCAAGACAAUAAUACUUCCGCCUCAUCGGCAUCACGCGACAACAACAUUGGCGAUCGAAAACAAGGGAGAAACAAAUGCAUUCGUUGCUGCACAGUGUGCUGUGAGGACCUAGCGAGCAUCAUAUCUCUCCUCCGUUCUUGUCUCCUCACCUUCACUGAGCCGCUCCAUCCCUCCUCCUCCUCUGCUAUGACAUCUCACACCAGCUGCGCGCUGCCUGCGCCAGCCCGACACCGCUCAUCCAACAUGGACUUGUGCGCCUGGACAAGCCGCGAUUGAUCCUCGACUGGCGUUGUUUUUUGUUUUAGUGUUUUGUUUAGCUUGUUGAAAAGAUAUAACAACGCAAGAAGGAAAGGAGGAGGGGGGGCGGCCGUCAUCUUUUACCCCCCUCCGCUCCCUUCAGCCAAGCAGAGCGGCAAGGUGGGGGGAAGGCUCGCAGCCAGCUUGGAUUUAUUUAACAGCAACAUGACGGAUUUGGAGAUGCCAAUGAUGGUGAAGAAGCGGAGGAGGCUGAUCGUGAGGAAAAUGGCCCGACUAAGACACAACCUCUCACUUCUCCUCCUGACGGGGCUCCUCAUCGGGGAUUUCUCCUGCUCUGGGGCCGAAUCAUGUGGUGGUGUAAUCCAAGGCCUGAACGGAACGAUAGAAUCGCCUGGUUUCCCCCACGGCUAUCCCAACUAUGCCAACUGUACAUGGCUGAUAAUAACAGGGGAGCGAAACAGGAUCCAGCUCACCUUCGUCACGCUUGCGCUAGAGGAAGACUUUGAUAUGGUGUCUGUAUAUGAUGGACAACCUUCGCCUGGGAACUUAAAAAUGAGGUUGUCUGGGUUCAUGCUGCCUUCUCCUAUCGUCAGCACCGGAUCUAUAUUGGCCUUGUGGUUUACCACUGAUUUCGCCGUCAGUGCACAGGGCUUCAAAGCUGUCUACGAAGUCCUGCCCAGCCACACAUGUGGCACCCCCGGACUCAUUCCGAAUGGAGUCAUCCACGGAGCACGGUACAACAUUGGGGACAAAAUCCGUUACAGCUGCGAGUCUGGUUUUGUCCUGGAGGGACAUAAUAUCCUCACGUGCAUUGUAUCACCGGGCAGCGGAGCACAGUGGGAUUUCCCUUCACCGUUUUGUAGAGCGGAGGGGGCAUGCGGCGGCACGUUACGAGGCACCGCAGGUUCAAUAACCAGUCCCGGCUACCCCGCUGAGUAUGACAACAAUCUGGAUUGCACGUGGUCAAUCCUGGCUGAGCCCGGGGACACAAUAGCGCUUGUCUUCAAUGACUUCUUAUUGGAAGACAAGUAUGACUUUCUGGAAAUCAGCGGGACAGAGGCACCCAGCAUAUGGCUUACUGGGACAACCCUGCCCUCACCAGUGAUAUCAAGCAAGAACUGGUUGCGGAUACACUUCACCUCAGACAGCAACCACAGAAGGAAAGGAUUUAGUGCUCAGUACCAAGUGAAAAAAGCAAUAGAGUUGAAGUCCAGAGGAGUGAAGAUGAUGCCCAAUAAAGACUCCAGUCACAAAAAUGCAGUCUUGAGUCAAAGUGGCUUGGCUGGAGAUGUGUGUCCAGAUCCUGGAGUCCCCGACAAUGGCAAGAGGAUGGGAUCCACCUUCCAAAUCGGCUCCAGCGUCCAAUUCAGUUGUGAUGACAGCUAUGUUCUUCAAGGAUCCAAAAGUAUUACGUGUCAAAGAGUGACGGACACGCUGGCUGCUUGGAGUGACCAUAGGCCCAUCUGCAGAACCCGUACCUGUGGUAGCAACCUACGGGGGCCGAGAGGGAUCAUUACAUCUCCUAACUACCCUGUCCAGUAUGAAAACAAUGCUCAUUGUGUCUGGGUAAUCACUGCAUUGGAUUCUGCAAAGGUUAUAAAGCUGUCAUUUGAAGAGUUUGACCUGGAACGAGGCUACGAUACACUCACAGUGGGCGACGGAGGAAAGAUUGGAGACUCUCGAAGGGUACUUUAUGUACUCACAGGGUCCAGUGUGCCUGACAUCAUUGUUAGCUUGUCCAAUCAGAUGUGGCUUCAUCUGCAGUCUGACGACACAAUCGGCUCUGCUGGUUUCAAGGCAGUCUAUGACGAGAUUGAACGAGGAGGUUGCGGUGAUCCCGGCGUGCCAGCGUUUGGUCGUCGUAGUGGUGAUGGAUUUCAACAUGGAGAUGUGCUGACCUUCUUUUGCCAGUCUGCGUUUGAAUUAGUUGGCGAGAGAAGCAUUACGUGCCAGCAUAAUAACCAAUGGUCUGGGAAUAAACCUAGUUGCAUCUUCUCUUGUUUCUUCAACUUCACGGCCCCAUCAGGAACGGUGCUGUCCCCAAAUUAUCCUGAGGAAUACGGAAACAAUCUCAACUGUGUAUGGCUGAUUAUUUCUGAACCAGGAAGCCGCAUUCACUUGCUCUUCUCUGACUUUGACCUGGAGCCACAGUUUGAUUGGUUGGUGGUCAAAGACGAAGGUCUAUCCGAGCCCACCACAUUUGGAACGUUUUCUGGAAAGGAUGUACCAUCCCAAAUCGCCUCACAUGGACACAUCAUGAGACUGGAAUUUCAGUCAGAUCACUCCAAUACUGGGAAAGGAUUCAAUAUCAGCUAUACAACAUUUGGCCAGAACGAGUGCCACGAUCCAGGCGUUCCUGUCAAUGGGCAAAGGUAUGGAGACCAGUUUCAGCUCGGCAGCUCCGUGGCUUUCCGGUGCGACCAAGGAUUCAUUAGGACACAGGGGUCAGAUCAAGUCACCUGCAUCAUUCAAGACGGAAAUGUUGUAUGGUCUGCAGCUGUGCCUCGCUGUGAAGCUCCUUGUGGAGGCCAUCUCACUGCUCCUACCGGAGUUCUUCUCUCUCCUGGUUGGCCUUCAUUCUAUAAGGACUCGCUCAACUGCCAGUGGGUGAUCGAAUCACAAGUGGAUCACGCUGUGAAGAUACACUUUGACAGGUUCCAAACGGAAGUCAACUAUGACACGCUGGAGAUCAGGGACGGUCCUUCGUCCUCCUCCCCCUUAAUCGGUGAAUACCACGGAACCCAGGCGCCUCAUUUCCUGAUCUCCACGUCCAACUUCCUGUUCCUGUUAUUCACCACUGACAACAGUCGCUCUGCGGCGGGAUUCAGCAUCAGAUACGAGAGUGUGAAAAUGGAGUCAGACUCCUGUCUUGACCCCGGUAUUCCAGUGAAUGGGCGUCGCCAUGGCAGCGGCUUUUCCAUUGGCUCCCGCGUGUCAUUUACGUGCGAGCCAGGAUAUACUCUGAGUGAUCAGGAGCCUAUCAUUUGCGAGCAGAAUCAUCAGUGGAGUCACUCGCUUCCCAGCUGCGACGCUCUGUGCGGAGGCUACGUGUUUGCGAAAAUGGGCACGAUUCUUUCGCCGGGAUUUCCGGACUUCUACCCCAAUUCGCUGAACUGCACCUGGACCAUAGAGGUGUCUCAUGGUAAAGGAGUCCACCUUGUCUUCCAUACUUUCCAUUUGGAGGAGAACCAUGACUACCUGUCCAUCACAGAGAACGACAAUUUUCUGGUUCCGGUAGCUCGACUGACUGGCUCCGUGCUGCCCCCUAGUGUCAAAGCGGGGCUCUUUGGAAAUUUUAGCGCUCAGCUUCGAUUCAUAUCGGAUUUCUCCAUGAGUUAUGAGGGCUUUAAUAUCACAUUCUCAGAAUAUGACUUGGAGCCUUGUGAGGACCCUGGAGUUCCAGCUUUCAGCAGGCGUACAGGAUUCCGAUUUCAAGUUGGCGACUCACUUGCCUUUUCUUGUUUCCACGGUUACCGACUCGAGGGAGACAGCAAGAUUACCUGUCUUGGUGGAGGCAGGCGAGUGUGGAGCAAUACACUGCCCAGAUGUAUAGCUGAGUGUGGAGCCACCUCUCUGGGACCAGAAGGUGUUCUUGUCUCACCGAACUUCCCUUCCAACUAUGACAACAAUCACGAAUGCAUCUAUCGCAUCACCACUGACAGGGGAAAAGGAAUUAGGCUGAAAGCUGAGAGUUUCUCUCUGCAAGAUGGAGACUAUCUCAGGGUGUAUGAUGGUGAGAACAGUUCAUCUCGUCUUCUUGGCAACUUCACCCGGAAGGUCAUGAUGGGCCAUAUUAUCAAUAGUACCUCCAAUCACUUGUGGCUGGAGUUCAACAGCAACGCCUCUGGAACAACUCAGGGCUUUCAUCUCACAUACACAAGUUUUGACCUGGUACGGUGUGAAGAACCCGGUGUCCCUAGCUAUGGGUUCAAGAUCCAGGAUGAUGGACAUUUUGCCAACACAUUUGUCCUUUACUCCUGCAACCCUGGCUACAGUCUCCAUGGAAGCAGCACACUGACCUGUCUAAGUGGGGACAGACGCGUCUGGGACAAAUCACUUCCGUCCUGUAUAGCGGAGUGUGGAGGUCACAUAACUGGAGCAGUGUCUGGACGAAUUCUGUCUCCAGGAUACCCUGCCCCGUACGACAACAAUCUCCACUGUACCUGGACUAUAGAAGCGGAUACUGGCAAGACUAUCAGCCUCCAUUUCAUCGUCUUUGACACUGAGAUUGGCCAUGACAUCCUGAGAGUUUGGGAUGGGCCGUCUGGAUCAUCGGAUGGAGGCAUCCUUUUAAAAGAAUGGUCCGGUCCAGCCUUGCCUGAAGAUAUCCAUUCAACCUUCAACAUACUCACACUUCAAUUUGAUUCCGACUACUUUAUCAGCAAGCAAGGAUUCUCCAUUCAGUUUUCCACCACAACAGCGACAACCUGUAAUGACCCUGGCAUCCCGGUAAAUGGCUCUCGAUACGGAGACAGUAAGGAGCCCGGUGACAGUAUGACGUUCCAGUGUGACCCUGGCUAUCAACUCCAAGGACCUGACACCAUCACAUGUGUCCGCAUGGAUAACAGAUUCUACUGGCAGCCGGAUCCUCCAACAUGUGUUGCAACCUGUGGUGGUAAUGUCAGUGGUCCUUCUGGAGUGAUCCUGUCUCCUAACUACCCCCAGCCUUACCCUGCCGGGAAAGAGUGUGAUUGGCGAAUCCGAGUCAACCCAGACUUUGUCAUCGCUCUCAUCUUCAAAAGUUUUAACAUGGAGCCCAGUUAUGACUUCCUGCACAUUUAUGAGGGCGAAGACUCUAAUGGGCCUCUCUUGGCGAGUCUCCAAGGCAACCAGGCCCCAGAGCGCAUCGAGAGCAGUGGUAACAGUCUCUUCCUGGCGUUCCGAUCGGACGCCUCACUGGGCAUGUCUGGCUUCGCCAUUGAGUUCAGAGAAAAACCAAGGGAGGCCUGUUUUGAUCCUGGUAACAUCAUGAACGCUAGUAGGACCGGCUAUGACUAUAAACUGGGAUCUCAGGUGUCCUAUAACUGUCACCAUGGCUACACAACAGUGGGAGGAGAAACAAUAACCUGUGUGAUGGGCCAUGAUGGGAAGCCGGUGUGGGACAAGGCUCUACCGUCAUGUAAAGCGCCGUGUGGUGGACACUAUGGUGGAUCUGAGGGAGUCGUUUUGUCUCCAAACUACCCUUUAAAUUACACCUCUAGACAAAUUUGUUCCUACUACAUCACAGUGCCUCCACAGUUCGUUGUUUUCGGUCAGUUUGCCAUUUUCCAGACUGCGAUGAACGACUCGGUGGAGCUGUUCGAUGGCGCCGAUGAGAACUCUCGAUUGUUGAGUUCUCUGGCGGGAUCACAUUCAGGGGAGACGUUACCCUUGGCAACAUCCCAUCAGAUAAUGUUGCGCUUCAAUGCCAAGAGUGGCCAACCAGCUAAGGGCUUUCACUUUGUCUACCAAGCUGUGCCUAGGACCAGCGACAGUCAGUGUAGCUCUGUGCCAGAACCUCGCUACGGCCGGCGGAUCGGGUCGGAGUUCUCAGCUGGCUCGGUGGUCCGUUUCGAGUGCAGUCCGGGAUAUCUGCUGAAGGGAUCCAGCGCGAUCCGGUGCCAGGCUGUACCAGGUGCUCUGGCACAGUGGAAUUCAUCUACGCCAAGCUGUAUCGUUCCGUGCAGUGGGAAUCUGACGGAGCGCCGUGGUACCAUAUUGUCCCCUGGCUUUCCGGAGCCAUACCCAAACAGUCUCAACUGUCUAUGGAGAAUCCAUGUCAGCGAAGGAGCUGGAAUACAGAUUCAAGUGAUGACAUUUGCUACGGAGCACAACUGGGAUUCUCUGGAGAUCUACGAUGGGGGAGACAUGACGGCUCCUAAAUUAGGGUCAUUUUCUGGAACUACAGCUCCUGCCCUCCUUAACUCCACAUCCAAUCAGCUUCUCUUGCACUUUCAGAGUGACAUAAGCGUUGUGGCUGCAGGCUUUCACCUUGAAUACAAAACGGUCGGUCUGACAACCUGUCCUGAGCCGAUGAUUCCAGCAAACGGCAUAAAAGCAGGAGACAGAUACAUGGUCAAUGAGGUCGUGGCCUUCACCUGUGAGCCUGGAUACACCUUACAGGGCCAUUCUCAUAUUUCCUGCAUGCCUGGAACUGUGCGCAGAUGGAACUACCCACCUCCGCUUUGUAUAGCCCGUUGUGGCGGGGUAUUGUCUGAGGUCACUGGAGUGAUCCUGAGUCCGGGUUUCCCCGGCAACUACCCCGGCAACCUGGACUGCACCUGGCAAAUCAUCUUGCCAACAGGAUAUGGAGCCCAUAUUCAAUUCCAAAACUUUUCCUCUGAAGACAACCACGACUUCCUCGAGGUGCGGUCGGGACCACAGCACAGCUCGUCUCUUAUUGGACAAUUCACUGGUUCGCAAGUGCCACCGUCUCUUCUAAGUACCACCCACCAGACCAUCAUUCACUUCUACAGUGACCAUUCCGAGAACAGGAUGGGCUUCAAACUCACUUAUCAAGCUUAUCAACUUCAAAACUGCCUGGACCCUUCCCCUUUCACCAAUGGUGACAUCAUCAACAGUGACUACAGUGCUGGCCGGUCAAUAACAUUCUUGUGCUAUCCCGGCUACGUUUUGAUCGGACACCCGGUCCUCACAUGUGUGCAUGGGACCAACCGGAAGUGGAACCACCCAUUUCCACGUUGCGAGGCUCCCUGUGGCUACAAUGUCACAGCUGAAAAUGGGACCAUUUAUUCGCCUCAGUACCCCAAUGAAUACCCUAACUCCCAAGACUGUAGCUGGCUCAUCGCCGUUCCCCACGGACAUGGAGUUUACAUCAACUUUACCUUGUUGCAGACUGAGCCUGUCACUGAUUACAUUGCCGUAUGGGACGGUCCAGAUGCAUCCAGUCCUCAGCUGGGAGUCUUCAGCGGCAACACGGCAUUAGAGUCAGCCUACAGUUCCAGCUCCAAGGUUCUGAUCCGCUUUCAUUCUGACUUUUCCACCGGAGGAUUCUUCAUUCUCAACUUCCAUGCCUACCGUCUGAAGAAAUGCCCUCCUCCUCCUGUAGUGGAGAAUGCUGACGUAAUCUAUGAGGAUGAAGAAUUUCUAAUAGGCGAUAUUGUGGCUUAUCGUUGUCUCCCUGGAUACACACUCGUUGGGAAGGCGGAGCUCAUGUGUACGCUCAACUCCCAUUUACUGUUUGAGGCGCCACCGCCAACAUGUCAAGCCCAGUGUCCAGCCAAUGAGGAGAGGUCUUCAUCAUCAGGAGUCAUUUUGAGUCCUAUGUUCCCCAGCAAUUACCCCAACAGCCAGACCUGCUCCUGGCUACUUCGCAUGCUUCCAGGUUACAUCAUCAAUAUCUACGUUGAGAUGUUCCACAGCGAGAAGCAAUUUGACGAGCUGGAAAUUUUUGACGGAUCCUCAGGACAGAGCCCUUUGCUUGUGGCUCUCAGUGGAAAUCAUUCAUCUCAACUCAACUUCACCUCCAAAACCAAUCAGCUUUACCUACGCUGGUCCACUGACCAUGCAACCAACAAGAAAGGAUUCAAGAUAAGAUACUCGGCUGCAUACUGUAGUAUUAAUGAUCCGCCAGCGAAUGGGGGUGUUGUCAACCGAACCAAACUCCGCCCAGGCAGCAGACUCCAGUUCUUCUGUAACCAUGGAUACCGUCUGGUUGGCUCAAUGAAUUCCACCUGUAGACUCCACCCUAAUGGGUUAUUCCAGUGGGACACACCUUCACCUUUCUGUCAAGCUAUCUCCUGCGGGAUCCCCCAGUCACCGGGCAAUGGCAGCUUCUACGCCUACCAUUACAAUGUGGGCAGCCAGGUGACCUACCACUGUAAACACGGAUAUUACCUUGACCCCAGUCUACCAGCCACAGCAGUGUGUUUGGAGGAUGGCAGCUGGAGUAAUUCUGCCUCACCCCCAAGGUGUCUCUCCAUCCACUGUCCCAGCAUCGAGGGUGCUUUGUCUGAUCACGUGACCUACCGUCUGCUCUCUGGGACCUUGGGAGAAUUUGGCUCCUUGGCCAUGCUGGAAUGUUCAGCGGGGUUCUCUUUCGGAGCGGGACAUCGAACACUACGCUGUCUUGCCAAUGGGACGUGGGAGGGGUCGGAUGACCCGGCAACAUGCAGAAUCUUGUCCUGUGGGGAUCUUCCUUCUCCGCCAUUCGGCACCAAACUUGGAACUCUGACCACAUUUGGUGCAACUGCAAUCUUUAUGUGUAACCAUGGGUAUACUUUGGUGGGAUCACAUGUCAGAGAAUGUGGAGCCAACGGGCUGUGGAGUGGUUCUGAAACCAGGUGUCUCGCUGGCCACUGUGACUCUCCAAGUCCUAUUGUAAAUGGACACAUUAGCGGUGAUGGCUCAAGCUACCGCGACACAGUGGUGUACCAGUGCAUGCUGGGAUAUCGCCUGAUCGGCACAUCUGUCAGAAUCUGCCAACAAGACCAUCAGUGGUCUGGAACGACACCUGUUUGUGUCCCCAUAACUUGUGGUCACCCCGGUAACCCAGCCAACGGGCGGACUAAUGGCAGUGAGUUCAACCUCAAUGAUGUUGUCAACUUCACCUGCAAUAAAGGUUACAUCUUGAGUGGAAAUACCCGCGCUCAAUGUCGACUCAAUGGGCAAUGGAGCAGCCCACUACCUCUUUGCAAAGUGGUAAACUGUUCCGACCCCGGGCAUGUGGAGAAUGGUGUGCGGCAGUCUGGACUACGUUACCCGGAAAUCUUCAGCUACGGCAUAACCGUGGACAUUCACUGCAAACGGGGCUUCUACCUGCUCGGCUCCGCGCUCCUCACCUGCCUACAUGAUGGACGCUGGGACAGACCAACCCCUCGAUGCUCGGCUAUUUCCUGUGGUGACCCUGGUCUGCCCCCAAAUGUGAUCAUCCCCGGGACUCACAACUGGACUUAUGGCUCAGUGCUGCACUACUCCUGCCAGCCAGGAGGGACACUGGUUGGCAAUGCUACACGGCUAUGUCAAGAGGACGGUACUUGGAGUGGGGCGCCGCCCUAUUGCACUGGUCUGAGUCCGGGGAUGUGCGGGGACACGGGUGUUCCUCCCCACGGUGCCCGUUUAGGCGGGGAAGAGUUUAAAACCAAGAGCCUGCUGCGCUUCAGCUGCGAGGCGGGAUACAAUCUGAUUGGCUCCGCUGAGAGAACGUGCCUCCACAACGGCACCUGGAGUGGAACGCAGCCCGUGUGUCAAGCGGUGUCAUGUGGCAAUCCUGGCACCCCAGCCCAAGGCAGGAUCGUCUUCAGUGACGGCAUCACCUUUGGCAGCUCAGUGGCCUACGCGUGCUGGGAAGGGUUCAGAACAUCGGGCCUGACCACCAGACACUGCACGACAAAUGGGACGUGGACGGGACAACCACCGGACUGCACUGUGAUCAGCUGUGGAGACCCAGGGCCGAUAGCCAACGGCUUGUACCUGGGACAUGAUUUCACUUUCAACCACACGGUAACAUACCAUUGUAACCCGGGUCACCUGAUGGAUCCACUUGGACCAGGACGCAAUGUUUUACACUGCACUAAAGAUGGACAGUGGAACCAAACCAAACCCAGCUGUAAAGUGAUCCAAUGCGGACCUCCCCUUCAAGUACCAAAUGGGGAAGUAGAAGGAACGCACUAUUCGUGGGGCUCAAGUGUUAGCUACAGUUGUUUCUAUGGUUAUCAAUUGUCUUUGCCGGCUGUAUUGACCUGCGAGGGAAACGGAACAUGGAACGGAGAUGUUCCGCAAUGUCUGCCCAUGCUAUGUGGCGAUCCGGGCUCUCCUGGAGGCGGAUUUCGGGAAGGGAGUAUCUUUACUUACCGGUCAGAGGUCCGAUUCUACUGCCAGACGCCCUACUUGUUGGUUGGCUCUGCCUCCAGAGUGUGUCAGGCUGAUGGGAUUUGGAGUGGCCAACAACCAGCUUGUAUAGACCCUGCAUUUAACAGCUGUCGUGACCCAGGAACACCAGCUUAUGGUAUCCCUGUGCAAGCUUCGGGCCUCCAGGUCGGAAGUAAGAUUUCAUUUAAAUGCCGUAAGAACUACCACAUCCUUGGCUCCACCACAAGAACGUGUUUAGAAAACCUCACCUGGAGUGGAACACAACCUGAAUGUAUUGCCCACUCGUGCCGCCAGCCCGAGACCCCCAGUAAUGUGGACAUUCGCUCGAUGGACCUGCCAACAUUGGGCUAUACACUUAUCUACACCUGUCAAGAUGGUUUCUAUCUGGCUGGAGGAUCCGAACACCGAACAUGUAAAAGUGAUGGGAGAUGGUCAGGAAAACCACCACUGUGUAAAGUUGGAGUUAAAGUCAAUCCCAAAGGCAGAGGAGAGACGGACAUCCAGAAGAACAAAAUACGAGUUCCGGUGGACGUGUUCUCUCCCAACUCCGAUUGGAGAGGUUUCUACGAAUAUCUGGGCAAGAGACAGGCCACCACAUUUACAGUGACUGGGUUUAAUGCUAGCAGUGGUAGAGUUAAUGUCACCUUAUUGGAGACCAGUGGAGUGUCGAUCAGACUAUCGGGUACUUACAAAUCUGAGGAGAACCAUCUUCUACUAAAGGUCUAUCAAGUCAAAGGGCCCACAGAGCAUUACUACAACAAGUUUAAGAAUGACAACUGGGCAAUGGAUGGAUAUGUGACUGCAGAAUCCGACCAGAAAACAUUUGUCUACCAAGGGCAUAUUCACAGUAAAGACUUUGGCAAAUUCUAUCUGACAAGACAAGGCCCUGUAACCAUGGCGAUAGACCCAUCCAAUCCUUAUACGAACAGCAGCUCUGUGGCAGCAGCCAUCUUGGUUCCUUUCUUUGCCCUCAUCCUGUCGGGAUUUGCCUUCUACCUCUACAAGCACAGGACAUUGUCUGCUGACACAGAUGACAAUGAAAGACCAAAAGACACCUGGGGGCCUGGCGGCAGAACCCGUCCUAAGGUCCAGUUCAAUGGCUACGUGGGCCAUGAAAGCACCAAUGGUCAAGCAUCAUUCGAAAACCCAAUGUACGACACGAACAUGAAGCCCACCGAGGCUAAAGCCGUUCGAUUCGACACCACGCUCAACACAGUAUGCACUGUGGUAUAAGUCCAGCAUAUCAGCCGCUACUUCGAUUAGUAGCACAGUCCAACCGGGCUGUCCGUGAUGUGGUUCAACCAUCAGGACGAAUGAGCAAACUCAUGAUUGGCACUCAUCAUGUGGAGCAGUCUGUGCGGCGGCGUGCUCUUCGGCAUACCCGACACAGUUACGUAUGUGCCUCUGCUCCUACGUCACAUGAGCAUCUUCCGCCUCCGUCUUUGCUCAAAUUAGACGGUGACGUCAUUAAAAGGUGAGGUCCGCGGAUACGUGUUUAGAGAUGAAGGAAAAACAGACAACUCCAAAUUUCCGAGUUUUUUUUUUCCAACGCCCAAUUUAAAGUAUGAACUGCACCAAUGGCCUUCGCGUACCUUUCCUCCCACACUGAUAGAUGGUUGGCCCAAUCUAAUUCCACAGCCUUGUGUUAUAUACAUUAUAUAUAUAUACACACACACACACGUAUGCACAGUGGUAAAAGGGCUCCACUGCUGCAGGCCAGACGUGUUUGACUGAUGUGAGGUCGGACCCACAGGGGAACCAGUCCUCUCCCUUCCACCUCUUUAGGCAUAAAAUCCUAAUUAGAUGUUUCAUACGUCAGCACAAACGGUGCAGGACAAACUUCCCCGGUGGGCAUUAGGAUGGCUUUGACAGGACUAAACCUGGAUUUGAAAGGUGUGUUUGUUUUUUGUUUUUUUCCAGAAAAUACACAGUUUGCUGUGACAUUGCCAGAUACCCAGUAGAUUCAGUAAACAUAGUGGCUAAAGUUCCACCAGGCAAAUUAUUUAUAUCUUAAAGUGAAGAAUACUGUUACCUGAGAUAGUGACUUCCUGGUUUUAUUUUAUUCAAGCAGGACAGCCAUGGGAGUUAACUUUGGUGACUGUCGUUACCCUCAACUUGAACUAUUUUACAGCAUUGCCUUUUUGUCAACAAUCAGGCUGAACCUUUAGAAUUUUCCAACUCCCCUAUACUGUAGUGGUUCACUGUUGCUGUUGUGACCUAAAUUCCCCAUAAAAAAGUGCCCCAUAACAAGUCGCUCUAUGAGUGACAGGAAUCGGAUUGUCUUACCACCUAUAAACACAAAAGUCCAACAUAGCUAGACUACGAUGAGCCGGAAACUCAAAUUAUUGAGAAGCUUUACACAAUUGUGAGUUUCCCAGAGAGAUGUCAACUACAAUCAAAUAGUCUUAGUGUCAUACUUGGACUGGCCAGGAAUGCGUGCUUGCUGACUGAACAAAGGGGGAGACCUGGAGGCAAUGAACUGUCAGGUUCAUCGACCCGACGUCAUCUUCAAGUCUCCGGUGAGAAGAGAAUAUCAGCCAAGUGAUAUUUUGUACCAGUCAGUCACAAAAUCAAAAGUGGAUGAACAUACUGAGAAGACUGAGUGAAAUUAGACAAAUGGACGGAGGAAGUUCUCUGUUGGGACGACGACAGGUUGCUACGGAAACAGAGGCAAAUUGUCUCUUCUGGCAUUUUUCUUCCAUGAAGAUUUUCAUGAACAGACUUUUAUGUUCAAAACCCAGUGGCCCAAUGGGACUUCCCAAUCUGCUGCUGCUGGGGAGCCCCCACCCCCCCAACUAUAAACUUUAUAUAGACUCUUAAAUUGCACAAAUUUUGCACUAGUGUGUUUUUCUGACUGGGUUGUGAAAAAAAAAGUAAUUUUGGGGGUCUGAAAUGGGUUUAGAAAAUAACUCCUUCAAAUUAAGAGAAUUUUAUUCAGAGCCUCUAUCUUAAAAAAAAAUUACAGAUGGCUAAAUACAGGGUUACAGAGUGUUUGUAUAUACACAUUUAUAUUUCACGCCCGCUGAAGGACACCUCCUUUACCCUGCUUUUUGUUGUUGCCGUGACAACGUUCUAGCCCACCCAGAAAGUUAAGACGAGUUUACCUAUGGACCUCCCGUGUUUACCGGCGCCAUGUUGUGUUAUUGACCGUGUCUGUUUCUGAAAGCUCAUACUGAACACUGCUGUUACUCUUAAUGCUCACCCAAAUAGCACACAGAGAUGACAUAGGAUACAGUCGACUUCAUUAAAAGUAGUAGACAGUAGAAGUUUUCAGAAACAAGCAAGUCUUUAAAAAGAUGUGUUUAAUGCUCCACCACUUCCACUUUCAUGCGCCACUCAUUUCACAUCUUUUAAUGCCCCCCCCCCCCCCCCACACACACACACACAACUUUAAAGAGCACACCGCCUGAGACUUUAUCACUUAAAGGUGCAAUUUAUCUAAACAAACAAGCUGUUUAUUGCUGUAUUUCAGCCUCCAAAUCAAUACAAGGCAGCGUAUCUUUAAAAAGUUGAGUUUUCCAAACAGAUUGCGAGAAACAAACUAUAACGCUCAAUGAAUCAGUCAAGUCUCAUGGCUAAACUCGCCUCUGGGAGUGAUACAGUUUAGUUCUAUUAACGUUCUAUCAGAAUUCUAGCUAUUCCUAAGGUGAGUCACAUUACUGAUACCCCUCACUUUGUCACACGAACGUAAACAAAAACGUGAAAAUAUUAAAAAUACAGUGAUGCAAAAGUGCAGCGCGAUAAAUAAUUUUACAGUAGUGCCUUGAGAUACAAAUGAUCCGACUAAGGAGCCUUUUGAGACACGAGUCAUUCAGCUGCAAUUUCAUUUUAAUUUGUUUUGCUUUGACUUACAAGCAAAAAUUUGAGAUGUGAGCACUGCAAGGUGUUGAUGAACUCAACUCCCUUUUAACCUAUAUUCAAUUGAAUACCCUACAAAGUUAAGACAUAACAUUUAUAGGAAUUAACUUGUUUUUUUCACUGCCGCAAACAGAAGCUGAGCAUCGAGCUUCUCACCUGACAUUUGAAAUCAAAACGUUAUAACGCUAUAUUUCAUGAUCCAGCAUCAUCAUCCAAGUGUCUAAAAUGAUUCGCAAGCUUGUCAAAGAUGCUGUGUUGAGUUUUGAUGUAACCGUUGUCAGUGUUGGCUUUUCAGUGUCUACAGGCUAGAUUCACACUCUGCGUACAGCGUUCUCACAUUAGGGUUGUACUUCAGGCUUUUUUUCUUUAACCUCCAUGACUUUGUCAGCAUUAACUUUCUAUUUUGUCGUAUUGCUUUUGAAUGGAGUCAGUCCAUAAUAAUCUUGAACAUUAAGAAUUUGAAGAAAUCAAUUACCUCUAUGGGAAAACCGUCUGGCAUGAGAAGAUUUUUCAUUUCUAGGAAAACAGAGGAAAUUGUUACACGUGUAUUCAUAUUAACGCAAAACAAAUCUAUAUAUAAAUCUUAGCAAAGUGAAUGGCACUGCUGUUGGGAUGAAAGCGUGCCGCACCCAACAAAACUACUAAAAAUGCUUCAUCAUAAUAUUGUGACUUGCAUUUUUUUUCUUUUGUUUUUCUUUUGUUUGCUGUUAUGCACUCAGUAGCUCCCUGAAUUGAUCUCAUUAAAUCAUUUGAGAUUUUCCACAGAGCCAAAAGGGCAUAAUGGAGGCAGAAAUUAAGAGGCUGCUAGGUUUCCACAGGCAUAAUAAAAGGUCUAUUUUUAUCUGCUGAUGGCACACGGCUGAUCUCCUAGUGCGCCUGAUCACAAAAAAAUGUAGACUCCUGUUUAUUCUGCCCUGUAAAAGAUUAGAGCUGCGUUGCGAGACGUUACAUUUAGGAGCUCGUGCACCCGCAGAAUUUGAGGUAAAUGCACAGUGAGUGUAUGCGCUUCCACAAAGGUUACUCAUACCAUAAUAGGGUCUCUCGCCUGCAGCGACUAUCUGAAGUUUUAAGUUUGGUUUUAUCUAGUGAGAACAAUUACUAAGCACCAGAUUUUCCUCUCAGCAACCAGCAUUGAGAUGCGAUGAAGCACCGAGUUUGCCCACCUGGAAAGAAUAGAUUUCACAGCCAAGUCCUUGUUUUAUUUAUUUAUUUAUUUAUUUAUUUUUACAUCAAACAUUUGAAUUUCUCAGCAUUCAUGCAAUUACUAAUCAGAUUAGAUGUUCCUUGUGUCUUCCUAUUCUCAAAGUUCUAUCUUGGACAAACUUGUCAUGUAUUUGAAUGUGCUUGCUUCAAAUUGGUUGUCUGUCACCUUGCUUCAAUCCACGUAAUGGUCGCAAUCGUGUUGUUUUGCUUUUUGGUACACAUUACAAUGAUAUUGUAUUUUCUUUUCUUUGUGUGAAUUAUAUUUGAGCCACUAAACUAGAGUGGGCUACCUCCAUCUUUGCAGCAAAGUGAUUUGAGUUUAUUGCUGCUUUAAAUUUUGAGGGAUUUGUAUUGUCUUGGUGGAUUACAUACCAAUGAUUACUUCUUCUAGAUGCUUGUUUUUUUACAGAAUUGCUGGUUUCCUCAGAUUUUAGUCGCUUCCAGACAUCCCUCAUGUCUAUCAAUGGUCAAGAAAUUUGAUAAAUAACAUUCACUUGUACUGGCUUGCAGAUGCACAAAAAGCACUGCUUACUUUCCGAUUCAUCGUUCAAAAGCUAAAGCUCACUGUCUGAAAUGUUUCAGCCAGAGAUGAAGCCUCGUAUUGUGAGAGUGUCCAUCUUGGAAUCUGCUUGAUUGUUGCACUAAUGAAUCAGGAAUAGAGUGCAAGAUGGUUUUUUUCCUUAUUUCAGGAUUUUAAAAUGGCCUUUACCCACUCCAGUUCCAAGUGGCUCAUUUAUGACACGAUUGUUUCAACAAAUGUUUUUUAACACAUGGGAGGUCCUGUAGGAAGACGGCAGUGUUCAUCUUCAUUAUCAUUUUCUGUCGACUCGCCAUCCUUAUGUGCCGCUUAACUUGAAGUAGGUGCAACAGAAAAUACAUUUUUGUACAGAAAUCUAUUUUUUAUGGAGAGUUUGUUUAAAAAGAAAAAUCUACAUACAUAUUAUUGAACAUGCUGUACUUUUUAUGAUCAAUGAUGUAGAUUGGCAAAUAUGUUGUUUAUUGAAAUAAAUCAAUGUUUUUGGUAUUAUGGCCCAUAUCAAAUGAUUCAGAGCCAGGAUCAAUUAUCAGAACAACUGAUGUUGCUCUUACACAGGAACAUGCAAACCAAGUAAAGUUUUGUUGAAAACUGUGUGGUGAGCCCAAGACUUUAAAUUUUAUUGUCAUCAGAAUCAUGGAUGAGGUAACGAUGGCUCCUUUACUAAUGUGUUCUUGUGUAAGAGUAGCUCAAUACAUUUGUAACUACAAACAACAGUUGCAGUCGCAGAUUUUCAUAUUUCAUGUUGGCCCAAACAAAAAGCAACCACUGGAAUAAAUUGUAACAAAUUAACACAUUAUGGAGGCUCCCAUUUCAUUUUGAUUCUGCUGCAAUGUUUCAAAUCCUCCUUUCCUACAUUUAUGUCCUCUGAUAAAAGAUCUAAAGUGAGAAAUAAAUAGUGUGAGGAGUCCUAAUGUGUGCAAGCAUACGGUUUGUGAAUGCCGCCUCAUAACCUGUUGUCAAGGAGACUGACUCACACUAUCAGCUAUUUUGAAGAUAUUAUUUGAAAAUAAAGUUUUUGUACAACCAC